GUUGUAUUGACUGCACAACACAUACAACACAUGUAAACGUAUUGAGUGUUUGACUCAAUUGAACGCCAAUUACAGCGAAACACGAGUCAAACAAACAGUGCUUUCAAUUCAUCACUGAAUCGGAGGAAGCGAUCCAUUGAUUGGUCUUUGCAUUUGGAUAAUCACCGAAACGAUGAGCGGAUCCAACGUUUGCGGCAUAAAUCGUGUCCACAAUUACUAUUUAUGGGCCGUUUCUGGCAUUUAUUUGUUCGCCUUUACGUCCAUUUAUACGCAAAUACCGGGUCUUUACGGUGACGAUGGGGUACUACCGGUGCGUGCGUUCGCGCAGAUGGAUAAGAGGGGGGCGUCGGCUAUAGUGGAGGCGUUCAAAAGGGUUCCGUCGCUCGUAUGGUUGGGUCCAUCCAUUGGGCUCUCCUUCGCGUCCACUCUGGAGAUCGUCGCUCUCUCGGGAAUUGUCAUCUCAUUCCUGGGGCUCAUCACCAAACGGUUCCGCGACUUCUGGAGCUAUUCGCUCCUAUUUGUGCUCUAUUUCUCCAUAUAUCAGGUUGGCCAAACGUUUAUGUGGUUUCAAUGGGACACUCUAUUGCUGGAGACGGGACUACUGACGGCGUUGACGGCCCCACUCAACCUCCCACUACUGGUCGAGUCGGGACCGCACACUGGCCUCACCUUCUGGUUGGUUCGGUGGCUGUUAUUCCGUCUGAUGUUCGCCUCGGGUGUGGUUAAGCUGACCAGUGGUUGUCCCAAAUGGUGGACACUCACGGCGCUGGACAUACACUUCGAGUCUCAAUGCAUUCCCACACCAUUCGCGUGGUUUGUCCACCACUUUCCGUCCUCUUUGCUCCGGUUGUCAGUUGUCAUGACUUAUGUAACCGAAAUCGCGGUUCCCUUUCUCUUCUUCAUCCCAAUCAAGAAUCUAAGAAUAUUUGCGUUUGUUAUGCAAGUGAUAUUUCAAUUGGCAAUCAUUUUGACGGGAAAUUACAAUUUUUUCAAUUUGUUGACAACCGUUCUCUGCCUAUCGAUACUUAACGACUCUCAUGUGAAGACCACCGUUGUAUCGGCUAAUACUGGCGCCAACAGCGGUCUAAAGCGAAGAUUUCUAAUGCCUAAACUGAUCCGAAAAGUGAUCACUGGUUUUGCAUACUUUGGGCUAAUGUAUUGGACAAUACACUUGUUUAACAUUAACUGGAGCUCCGGUGGUCUGUCGACGAGCGUUGGUUUCGAUAACAAUCAAUUGAACCAAUUUAUCCUUUGGGCGCUUCCCGUCUCCAUAUCGUUGGCCACACUUUCUCUCGUUUCCAAUGUAUUGAUGGCUUAUUCG